AUGUCGCUCAGACUGGCGUGCAGGCGACUCGGACACCCUCGGACGACCUGGCCGCAUGCAUCCACGCCUGCACGGACCCUUGUGACACUACCUCGCCCUGUUGUAUCAUCACCGCGAUUGUUCCGAGCUGGCCUGGUCGCUGCAGGUGUGCUAACGACCUCGCUCGUUCUUGGGAGUGUCUGGCCUCUCCAUGCAGAUGCGCCCGUCGCAGAGGCCGAAAAGGCAUCCGAGAGGCCUCAGAAGCCUCUGUCGUCUCUGGUUCGGUCGUAUGUCGUGUAUUCUAUGUGCUCCGUCCCUGCGCUCGUAGACUGGGCACCCGCUAUACUCAAAACUCUGACUGCUAUCCCUGGGUUCAAGCAAAUCACGGAGGCGAUCGUGCGGGCCACUUUCUUUAAUCACUUCGUUGGAGGAGAUACUGCAGAGGACUGUAUCCCUCUUCUCGAGCAGCUGCGCGCCGAGGGGAAGGGCUGCCUGUUCGCGUAUAGCGUCGAGGUCGACGAGGCGGAAGCGGCUGGUAGCUCUAAGGAGCGUGCCACGGCAGCGAAGGAGACCGUCAGGCAGAUCUUUGAGGAGACACUGCAUUGCAUAGACGUCGCUGCUAACUUCGAGGACAUACAUGCAAGUAGCGCGGACAGCGUGAAGGGGCGAAAAACGUGGGUCGCGAUCAAGCUGACCGCAAUGGUACCCUGCCCAGAGACCCUGCACAACUUCUCGAAGUAUUUGGUUGCGACGCGUCCCACGUCUUCACCGGCGAUUCUCUUCCCUGGACAACCCCAUCCGAGUGACCUCGACGUUCUCACCCUGUCUAGAGCUUCCAAGGAGGCGCUAUCGCAGGAGGAUGUCGCGGAUUUGGCGCAAUUAUGCGAUGACUUACGUGCAAUCUGCACGAAAGCGAAGGAGCGCGGCGUCAAGAUCAUCAUGGAUGCCGAGUACAGCUGGUACCAACCUGCAGUAGAUGCCUUUUUGCUUUCCCUCCAGCGAGAGUUCAAUGCACUCCCUCGUCGCUCAUCCUGGUUCGGCAAACCUCCCACCCAAGUGACAAUACAACCGGUCAUCUACCAGACUUACCAGGCGUAUCUGAGGAGGACACCGGAAUAUCUGAAGCAAAGCAUCGCGGUUGCCCGCGCGGAGGGCUACGCGCUCGGCGCGAAGCUUGUCCGCGGCGCAUACCACCCACACGAACUCGCCGCCCACGCCUCUUCUGCAGCUUCCUCACUCGAAGGCUUCGGCGACGCCAGUGGCCUAGGCAUCUCGCCAGAUCCCGAGCCACCCGUAUGGAUCACGAAGGCAGAGACGGACGUGUGCUAUGACGCGUGUGCGGCACUACUGCUGGACGAGGUGCGGAAGGACGUCAAGCGCGAGGUCCCCAGCGUCGCCGUCCUGUUUGGCACGCAUAAUUGGAAGAGUGUAGAUGGUAUUCUGGAAGGAAUGGCGAGGAGGGGCCUCGCGAGGCGGGAGGGCGGCGUGCUGGAGGUGACAGAGGAGGUCGCUGAGAGGGUUGCGAUGGGGCAGCUGUACGGUAUGUCGGAUGCGCUGUCAGACUCGAUCGUCGAGCGGACGCACUGCAGCUCGCCCUUCCUGCUGAAGUACAUCCCGUACGGUGCGCUCUCGGAGGUCAUGCCAUAUCUGAGCAGGCGGGCAAUAGAGAACAAGUCGGUGCUAGGGAACGGUGCGGCUGCCGAGGAACGGAAACGCGCCGGAGAGCUUAUAUGGAAGAGGCUGUCCGGCUGA